AUGUCACCUUCUCCUCUGCAACAACAAGAAUUCAUAUUCCGUUCUAAACUCCCAGACAUUGAAAUCCCAACACACCUUCCACUACACUCUUACCUUUUCCAAAACCUCUCCCAAUUCCAUAACCGUCCAUGCCUCAUCAACGGCGACACUGGCCAAACCUUCUCUUACUCCGACGUCCACCUCACCGCUCGCAAAAUCGCGUCCGGUUUAAACACAAUCGGAAUCAACCAAGGCGAUGUCAUCAUGAUCGUCCUCCGCAACUCUCCGCAAUUCGCACUCACUUUUCUCGGUGCAUCAUUUUGCGGCGCCGCCAUCACCACCGCGAAUCCUUUCUACACCUCAUCGGAGCUAGCUAAACAAGCCACCGCAACGAAAACCAAACUCAUUGUAACUCAAUCCGCAUACGUCAACAAAAUCAAGGAGUUUGCAAAAAUUAACAACAUCAAAAUCGUAUGCAUUGAUGAUUCAUCAUCGGCAUCGUCACCAUCAUUGGAAUCCGAACAAUCCGAAGAAGAUGUUGUGGAUUUCUCUGUAUUAACAAAUGCUGAUGAAAACGAAGCACCGGAAGUGAAGAUAAACCCUAACGACGUCGUUGCGUUACCGUUUUCUUCAGGAACUUCUGGUCUUCCAAAAGGUGUUAUGUUAACACAUGAAAAUUUAGUUACAACAAUAGCACAGUUAGUUGACGGUGAAAAUCCUCACCAAUACACUAACUGCGACGAUGUGUUACUCUGUGUGUUGCCUAUGUUUCACAUCUAUGCACUCAAUUCGAUUCUACUAUGUGGAAUUCGUGCCGGUGCUGCAGUGUUAAUUGUGGAGAAAUUUGAGAUUAAAACGGUUUUGGAUCUAAUUGAAAAGUAUAAAGUGACGGUAGUGUCGUUUGUGCCACCGAUUGUUUUAGCGUUGGUGAAGAGCGGAGAGUCGCAUAGAUACGACUUGUCGUCAAUUAGGGUGAUGAUAACAGGUGCGGCACCCAUGGGAAUGGAACUUGAACAAGCUGUCAAGGAUAGGAUGCCACAAACCGUGCUUGGACAGGGAUAUGGGAUGACAGAAGCAGGGCCACUUUCAAUUAGUUUAGCAUUUGCAAAGGAACCGUUUAAGACAAAACCUGGUGCCUGCGGCACAGUUGUGAGAAACUCGGAGAUGAAAAUAGUAGACACAGAAACUGGUGUUUCUCUUCCAAGAAACAAAUCUGGUGAAAUUUGUAUUAGAGGCACAAAGGUUAUGAAAGGAUAUCUAAAUGAUCCCGAGGCAACAAAGAAAACUAUAGACAAUGAUGGAUGGCUACACACCGGUGACAUUGGUUUCAUUGAUGAGGAUGACGAGCUUUUCAUCGUUGAUCGAUUAAAGGAAUUGAUUAAAUACAAAGGAUUUCAAGUAGCUCCUGCUGAGCUCGAAGCAUUGUUGAUUGCUCACCCUAACAUCUCUGAAGCCGCUGUAGUACCAUUGAAAGAUGAAGUUGCUGGAGAACUCCCAAUUGCAUUUGUUGUUAGAUCAAAGGGUUCAAAGAUCAGCGAGGAUGAAAUCAAGCAAUACGUUUCACAACAGGUUGUGUUUUACAAGAGAAUAAACCGAGUUUACUUCACGGACGCUAUUCCUAAAGCAGCAUCGGGCAAAAUUCUGCGAAAGGAAUUAACUGCGAGACUUAACGAAGGACUAGUGGUGUGA